CCCCCCCUCCCACCUUCCCCUCCCGUCCCGUCCCCGUCCGCCCCGCUCCGCCUCCCGAAAAUUUCACCCCUUUUCCUCCGCCUCUCCUCUCCACGGCCCCCACGCCAGGGGCCUAAAACCCUAGCCCCGAUCCUUCCCGCCCAUGGCAUCCGCCGAUUCCAAGCCCGCCUCCCCGGCCGCCGCCGCGGAUCCGCCCGCCGGCGACGCCAAGGACGCCGCCGCCGCCGACCCCGAGCCCGCCGCCCCGGCGGAGGAGAAGACACCGCAGCAGCCGGAGAAGAAGCGGGGCCGGAGGAAGAAGGGGGAGGCGCAGGCGGAGGCGGCGGUGAAGACGCCGCCGUCAAGGAAGACGGGGCCCGCGGCUGAGCGCCCGUCCAGGGAGAGGAAGACGGUCGAGAGGUACUCGGAGCUCGCACCGCGCGUCACGCCCGCCAAGAAGUCCCCCGCUAUUGUCCAGGGCUCUGGAACCAAGCUGAAGGACAUACCUAAUGUUUCCUUCAAACUAUCAAAGAGAAAGACAGAUGAGAAUCUCCAGAGCCUUCAUACUCUAAUGUAUGGGAGAAAAUCAAAUGUCCACUUUUUGAAGAGAAACAUAUCUCAAUUUUCCGGGUUUGUUUGGACAGAUAAUGAAGGAAAGCACAGGACCAGAAUAAAGGAAAAGCUUGACAAAUUUAACAAGGAGAAGUUGCUAGACUUUUGUGACAUACUGGAUAUUUAUGUUCCAAAAGCAAGUACAAAGAAGGAAGAAGUUUCUGCCAAAGUCUUGGAAUUUUUGGAGUCCCCUUGUGUUACCAGGGAUGUUGUUCUCACUGAUAAAAAGAAAGGGAAGAAACGUGGGAGGAGACCUAAAGGAAGUGGUGAGGCAACUCCUGAAGAUGCUUCUGCAGAGAAGAAAAGGAAAAGGGGUCGGAACCAAGCAGCUGAAGCUGGGAAAGAGAAUGAUGAUGAGGAAGAUGGUGGUCCUGCUGGUUCUGAAGAUGCAUCAACAGGAGAUGAAGGUGAUGGGGACUCUGAAGCAAAUGAUCAUGCUAUGAGUGAUGAUGAACCUGAUGAGCCUCCAGCAAAGAAAAAGUCAACAGAUGUAAAUCAAGUUAAGAAAGAACCUGGGUCUAAUGCAAGGGAAAACAAUGCACGAGGAAAAAAGGCUUCUACAAAACCUGCAAAAGGUGCUUCAAAGCCUCCUCAAGACACUAAAGAUGAGCCUAAUGUAGAGAUAAAAAAGGUUGGCAGGAGAGCAAAGAGUUCGAAGGAAAGUGAUGUGCCGAAAGAUUCGAACAAGGUGAACAAGGUCUCUAAAUCCAAGAAAGAUGAUGGAAAAGAAAGCCAAAACAACAAGGCUGCUAAGCCAUCCAGUAAAAAUAAAGGUAAAGGCAAGGGUGGUGCAGAGGCUGGGACUGCCCCAACCACUGAACAGCUGCAUGCUGUUGUUAGCAGCAUUUUGAAGGAAGUUGACUUCAACACAGCAACUCUGGCUGAUAUUCUCAGACAAUUAGGGACCCAUUUUGAAAUGGACCUCAUGGACAGAAAAGCAGAAGUGAAGCGCAUCAUCGAGGAGGUAAUAAAUAGUAUGUCUGAUGAUGAUGAUGGUGAGGAAGCUUCAGAAGAUGAAGCAGAAGACAAUGGUAAGGAAGAGAAGUCAAAGGGUGAUCCUGAUGAAGAGAAGUGAUGCCGUGGAUCGGAUGUGCAUCGGAUGUGCAGUGAUCAGUCUCUUGUUAUGUCAGUGGUUUGGAUUGAUCUUGCAAGGACUAUCUUGUUGGUUCUGUACAAUUGGGGCACCAUCACAACAAAUUGGUGACCUACCAGUACAAGAUUGUUAACCAUUUCACAGCCAUAUACACCUAGUUGUUGUGCUUGACUAGGUAGUGACCUGUAGCCUAGUUGCUGGUCAUGUACAAUAGCUGUGCGUUUAAUAGCUUUGUUGCUUAGGUAGCUAGCCUGACUGUAAUAUGCACAAUAAUUCUUGGCUUGUUUCAUCCAUUUAUCCUUGUAAAACUCUGUAUCCUUCUGAAUUGCUCCUGUUUUUUGCAGUUCUUAAUUCCCUCAUGAUCGUGAGGUUUUAGCCCUGGGAUUCUAUGAUAUGCGAGUGGGUUUUU